CUAGGAUGUGCGUCAGAGCUGGGGGUUGGUCUCGUUGUGUUGUGGGUUUCAGAGUAGAAGUCACCUGAAGAACUGUCACGGAUCCGUAGAUCGCAGCCCAUCAGCCUCCUGCUCAACCCCACUACAGGACUCAACGGCGCCACCAUGACUCUGCCCGCUGCUCCCCCCAGCUACGCUGAGGCCACAGCCGGGGACAAGGAGCCGGGGUUUGCAGCCCCCCCCUACGCCACCCCGCCACCCCCUCUGCCGCCCCCUACUGUGCCCAUGCACCCGAGCUGGGCUUAUGUACACCCCACCCCAAGUCCAGGUUACACUAACCCCUAUGCCUCGGACAUGUCUUCGCCGUUCUCGGACCCCAGCACCACCGGCAGCUGUGACGGCCUCAGCGGAGAUGGCUGGGAGGACAGGAACAUACGCCGCAUGUUCAUACGCAAGGUCUUCACCAUUCUGAUGGUUCAGCUAAUGGUGACAUUUGGCAUUGUGGCUCUGUUCACUUUCUGCGAACAGGUCAGACAGUUUGUGCAGUACAACCGUAUUCUCUACCUUGCCUCAUACAUCACCUUUAUGGGAACAUACCUGGUGCUGGUGUGCAGUACAAGUGCCAGACGGCGGUAUCCCACCAAUCUCAUCCUGCUGGGCAUCUUUACCCUGGCCAUGUCCUAUAUGGCAGGAAUGCUGGCAAGCUACCACAACACCAAAGUGGUGAUGCUGUGUGUUGGUAUUACUGCCCUCGUGUGCCUGGCAGUCACUCUCUUCUGCUUUCAGACCAAGUUUGACUUCACCUCGUGUCAUGGCCUAAUGUUCUCCCUCAUGAUGGUGCUGCUUCUCACUGGCCUGGUGCUCAUCUUCACUGCACCCUUUGGAUACAUUCCAUGGUUACAGACUGCCUAUGCAGGACUAGGAGCCCUUGUUUUCACUCUGUUCCUGGCCUUCGAUGUGCAGCUGCUGAUGGGGAACCGGCGUUACUCCCUGAGCCCCGAAGAGCAUGUGUUCGGAGCGCUGUGCCUCUACAUGGACAUCGUCUACAUCUUCUUCUUCCUGCUUCAGCUCUUCGGCAGUCGCGAGUGAACCCACAGAAGUACCCCCCUCUUCCCCCACCCGUGACCUUCUCCCGCUGACAUUCCGCACACCCGUCCGAACACACAAACACACACUGAGAUGCAGCCACAGAAACAAGUUCCUGCCCUCACAAAACUCCGCCCACUCCUCGACGGUCUCUCACCCCCUGGGGGUAUCAACUUUCAAUCUGUCUUCCCUUGUACUUUAUAACACUUUAUGACUCUUUUUUCUGUUAUUGUACAACACACACGUUAAAAUAUUUGUUACCAGAUAGUUUGCUUGUAGUUUUCUACAGCUUUUGACACCGUCCAUAUGGGACAAAUGAGUGAAGGGGAUGUAGAGGGGCAGGAAGGUUUAUGUUUUAAUACUUUGUGUGUUUUGUUGUUGUUUUUUACUUCUUCUUUGUACUCAGGCUACAUGCUGUAAUGCAGACACUCUUAGCUUCCACCGUAUACAAACAAGGUCCUGUGUUGUUGUGGUGCAAGGCAGGCCUGUCCUGUUGUCUGAGUGUGACAGGUAAUCUCUCCCUAGUGUUGCCAGUUUUAGGGUGACUGAAUGUCUCCUCUGAUAUCCCCCUCUUUAUCUAGCCUCCCUUCUUGAGAGGAGGAAAGUGACAUGAAGGGCAGGUUAGAAACCAAAAAGCAUGCUGCAUGCUCAAAGCAAUAAUAGGCCCCCUGGCCAGGAGUGUCUAUGCAGAUAUGAGGGCUCCUCCUUUUUUUGUUUUAUUACACAGCUUCACUUUGGGUGAAUACAUGGCAUAAAGAAUUCCCUAGUCUUCACAGAGCCCAUCAAAGCCUCUGUACCCAAGGCAGACAUGCCACAGUCCUGACAAAGGGAAUAUUCACUCAUGGGUCCUCUCACCACUUUAUGGAAGAAAAAUCCAUUCUCUUCAGCUCCCUCAUCAGUAGAAUGAUAUUGAGUUUGGGGGCACAUUUCUGAAUGAUUCUCUGUCUCAAGAACCGCAGUGCUCAACAUCAAUACAGACAAAAAUAUCAAUAAUUGCUUGGUGUCCCUUUUUUAUGAUUUGUGUAGUGCGAGUACCACAACAGACUUUCUAGUCUGGCAGUCACCCAAGCUUUGGAAAGCACAUCAGAAGUACAGCUGACUGUUGGAUUUGAAGUCUCAUAGCAAAGCGGCCUUAAGAGCUUUAAAGCAUCUUUCAGGUCGUAAUACUUGUUCCUAUGCAGCCAGCAGGAGUCAAUCAUAAGAUACACAGUAUAUAAACAAAACAUCCAGCUUAAAGAUUGAACCUGCAUUUACAAAGCAAUUGGUGCUAAUUUAAUCUCUUAUCCAGUGGGCUGGGCACCUGACCAUUUACUGCUUAUUAUAAUUUAAGAUACAAGACAGUGGUUAAUUGUUAGCAUCAUUGUAUUUUUCAUGUUUGAAGUGACUGUGGUUUUAGGCCAGAUUAAAGAUAUUAAAUCCACUUGACAUAUUUAGUUUUUAAGAAAUGUUUGUGCCAAUCUUCUAAGACUCAGCAAGUAGCUUUACGGAAAGCUGCAGGAAAGAGUGUAGUUAUAAAAAGUUGGAAUUUCCUGAUAGGUAAAUUUAAUUUAAUAUACCCUAUACACAAAUAUACAGAGACUAUACAUAGUACUGUAGUAGAGUUGUAUUUUUAUUUCUUCGCUAAUAGCGCUGAUGCUAAGGCUAAUUUUAAGGCUUAUUUUAAGAAAGUUAAAAAUACACUUCCCAGAAUCACACAUCUUUUAUAUUUUAAUUGGAAUAGGAAAGUGUACUUUUUAUACACUUUGAGCUACAGAUUGGCCUUACGAGGUGCCUUGUAUGCAGGAUUUACUCUUAGUUGGAAGCCGAUGAUACCCUGGCCAAAUUGACCUCACCCCAUGCCUGAUGACAUUUGGCCAGUUGUGUGCUUAUAGUGACAUGACCAGUGAUGCCACUGGUCAUGAUUUAAUAUAGGUUCACAAUGAUGGCUCUUUUUCCUUUUCCCCCUCUUCGUAUUAUUAAUGAGAUGUCUCAUGUCUCAAAUUGGCCACAGUGACUCUUGCAUUAGAGUCUUCAGAUGGUGUUACAGUAUAAAGCCAUUUCUAGGAAAGGCUCUGGGUUGCCACGGUCCUUACCAGUAAUUAGCAGCUACUGUAUCUGAUAAUUGAUGGAUAAUAGGUGAAGUAAUGGAAUAAACUCUGGUUACUUCAUGCUACAGAAAUAAUUAAUCUAAGUACUAUAUACUGAAUGUUGAAAUAUACACCAGUUGUCUGUUGGUGACAGUCUGCUGUACUAUAUAGAUCACUUAUGGAUGCCCAUAGUUUCCCUUGACAACUAUCCUUGCUGACAAGGAGUAAAACAUUGGGACAGUGAAGACUAAACUGGCAUUUCAUUAUGAACUCUGAGAAUAAUUUUUCAGGAAAUAUAAAUAUAGAUAAGCACAUCUCCUGAAUAUUUUAUUUCUUAUACAGUCAAUUCAUUUCUAGUCUCUUGGGUCAACACAUUUAUAGUGUUAACUUUAUUUUGAUUUAGCAAAAAGUAUUUGUAAUUUUAGCUCACAUAGGUGUCUCUUGAUGGUAAUUAGGCUGUUUAGUGGACUAAUUAGGCACUUAUAAAAAAAAAACCUAUGAACAUGCUGUCAACCCACCUUCCUUUGAUUUCAGUCUUUUGAGUCCAUAGUCACCAUAACAUCAAAACCAAAGAAUUUUUUAAAAGAGAAAAGGGCCAUAAGUGUGAAAGAAAAACAGGCAAUUUUAAAAAUUGAAAGAAAAACUACCAAAAUUUAACCCUAACCCCGUUGGCCAAGAACACCUUUGCAGUUGUUGACAGAAAGUUGAUUAAAACUGUUAAGGAGAACCUAAAACAGCUGUCAGAGAAAUAACCAGCAACUUCCAGAGUACAGAGGGACUCUGCAGACAGAGACAGCAGAUUUGCAAAGGCAACAGUAUAAGGUGUAAAACCCAUCAGCACCAACAACAGAAAAGCCAGGUUAAAAGUUGCUUGGAAAUACGAAGAUGAACCAGGAGGGUUUUGAGCAAAGUUUUAUGGUCCGGUAAUGCAUGAUCGCCUCUGGAACUGUCUCGCUCAUCUUUAAUGAUGUAAAUAAUGAUGGCAACAGCAAAAUAAAUUUGCUGCUUGUAGAAGAUAAUUGUUCCCACCUUAUUGAGUUCACCAGGCAAUAUGAUAAUGACAGGAGGUCUUCAAGGGAGAAAAAAGGGGAAAACCUUAGACUGGCCAAGUCAAUCUCAAUCCCUCUGUGAAUGUAUUUUGCAUGUUUAACAUGCAUUUCACAUGCUAACAAAAAUAAUAAUAAGUCAGAACAUCCCAGUAAUAGGCUCGAGGAACUCCAAGUGACUUUAGCCAAUACACAAGAAUCAGAACAACAGCUCAAUGAAUCACGGACAUCAAGCGAGUAAAUCAUGCAAGGGAUAUGCAGUCAAAUCCUGCCUUUUACACUCUGCAAGUUAAAAAAUACAGGAAUUGUCUCCCAGUACUUAUGAUCCCUUUUAAAGGAUUGGGUUGAACACAAAGUAGUUCUAAUAUGAUCUAAUGUGUAUGCAUGAAAUUAUUAGGUAGCAUAUAUUAAAUUGUACUUGACAUUCAUAUCAGUCUCAUGGUUAUAAAUACAAAUUGCUUGAUUUUAAAAUAAUACGUUUUCACUUUGCUUUCCCGAUAGUUUUGGUGGGCACUAUAAUUACCAAGUUCAUUUAAAAUAUAUAUACAGUCUAUGAAGUUGGACCAUAGCGCUACGUCUGGGCAGCCAGGGUAUUGCAAUGUUGAGAGCAGAUGUUUGAAAAUGAAGUAAGUUGACUAGCAUGCUCUUAAAAUGUUAAAUCUGCUAGUGUAAUAAUAUGGUGAUUUUGGAAAGAGAUAUUAUCUCAGUAUAUUAAAUAUGCAUUUCUGGGGUAUUCAGAAUAAUGAGCUGUUCUGAUGUUACUAUCAGUACUUUAGAAGGUAGCCUUGCUUGUGAAAUAUGGUCCUGAUGAUAUUUCACUGGAAAUGUUGAAAUGUAUUUAUAUUUGUAAGAAAAAAAAUGAAACUAGCCUUUGCCUUCCUGUUACACAACAGUUCUGUUUUUUUCAUUUCUGGUUUACACAGGACAUGCAUUCAUUGAAUAAUCACCGAUGAAUCUGUAAUAUAUAUGAUGACGUCUUAAAUAUAUUCCUGAAGUAAAGAAAAUGAAUCUUCUCCUUAAACCUCAAAAUGAUCCAAUUUCAAUCUGACUUUAUGAAGAAAAUCUUUGUGAAGAUUUGCAUACAUAUUAUUCACUAUCUCAACUUCUCGGCCAGCAUCAGAGACUUUUGGGUAAGGCCCAAAAGAAGUGUAAUUCGCAUUUUUGAAUGAAAUGAGACACCUGAUCUACUUCAUUCACAUCUUCAGAGAUCUACAAAAAUCUUAUAUGAUUUUCCUAUUAAUGUUGCUUUUCUAUACCCUUGUGCAGUUAUUAAUAUGAGCUUUACUAAAUGGAAACACUUCUGUAUAUGAAGGUCUGAGCUCAAAGUGGAAACUAUAGUGUUAUAGACUGCAUUUUAGGUCUUAUUUUUUUCCAUCCAAUUACUUAAUUUGUAGUGUGACACUAGCAAGUACAAUAUCCUUUAAAGUACAUCAGUCCCUAAUAUAUUAGAAUACUAAAAUUUGUCAGUUGUAUUCAUGAAGAAUUUUACAAAUGUGACAAAGUGGGGGAAAAAAGGCCUAAAUUAUCUGUUCUCAUCUUGGCAGUAGUUAUUGAACGGCAGUUUUUAAAACUACCAUUGUGUAGUUGUGUGAACAAGGUAUAGUUGUUGGACUCCAGUUUCUCACAACAUCCAGAGACAUGCUGGCCAGGUUAAUUGGUAUCUUAAAUUGUCCCCGUGUGGGCUGUGUGGUGUGUAGGGAUGCGUGUGUGUCCUGUCUCUCACAAGGUGAGUGUAGUCUCACCUUGUGCCCUGUGCUUCCUGUUUUGAUUUUACUCAUUCCGAAUAGAUUGGAAGGUUUAGACUAUGUUCUUUGUUACAGCUACAGUAUGUACAAAAGAGUAAACCCUACAUGUAACAUUUCCUGUGAUCAAAUAAAUUGAGCUACUAGUGUUGAUGGCGUAUUAACAUGAUGUUCUGUGACAUUUUAUUGUCCCUACCCUUAAUAUGAUAAGAGAGUAAUCAGAAUAUUGUGUCUAAACAAUGAUGUCAACUUGCAACAAACGCAUACAUGAGAGACAAGAAGCUAAAUUUUAAAUAUUUUUUAAAGGUGCCAAAUGCCUGAAUUGUGACUAAACAUGUAAUUCAGGAGCUGGUAUUACGUGUUCUGAUCUCAAAUAGUGAUGGGAAUGGCACAAGUGGACAUAAAUAAAAGUUUCUUUCAGUUCUACAACUCGAAAGUCAAAGCAAUGAAAUCGUUUUGCAGCGUGGAGCUGAAUCUUUUUGACUAUCCACUUCUUAAUUUUGUCUGUUUUUAACUUCAGCUUUUUAAAAAUAGUCUUAAUUUCACGUUCUGCAAUGUAUGUACCCAUGUAAAUUAAGUUGGGACUCUUGACUGCUUUUUCCAUUCUUUUUAAGAUGACUGAAACCUCGAUAAAUAGUGAUGUACAGUACCAGUGAUGAGUGCAUGAACUGGUGUGGCAGCCAUACUGUUCUCUUCUGUGUGCUGUGGGCCUGUGCUUUCAAACAGUGACAUUUCAACCCUCUGUAUUGUUUUCACAACCUCCAGAUUAUGAUAACGGCUGCCACCAAGAUUAUUAUUUUUUUAUGUAUCCUAACCUGUUGAUUGAAAAAUGAGUCAGUUCAAUAAAAUAAUAUGAAUCAACA